AUGAGUAGAGAAGAAAGAUUGUUAGCUUUUAUACAUGAAGUGUCAACUGAAGUGAUAGAAAUUGAUAGCAAUUCAUCAGAAGCAAUUCAUCAGAAAGUCAGCAAGGCUGAUUCUAAUAUCAUCUAUUGCUAUUAUGAAUUUGGCUUAACACUAACCCUUCGUCUCAAUGAAUUAAUAGGGAAAGGGCAGAAAAGGGUACAACAUACAUUAAAUAUGAAGAUUCAAAGAUAUUUACCAGCUGGUACUUCUCUAGCUAUGACAAAGAAUAAAAUUAAAAAGGUUAAAAAAAUGGUUAAAAUUUUUAGUGAUGAUUCAUCUAGAAUUCAAUUUGUUGUUCAUUUUCUGUAG